UCAGGCUGUACUUUUACCUGCUUCCACGGCUUUUUGUGGUUUUCACUGCGCCUGUCACGCUUGCUGGCAAACAUGUCGUCCGUCUCCGUCCCACCACCAAAAUGCCUGCAGAAGCCGUUAGUGGUUCCUUAUCGCCACAUGUUUGGACCGGGACCUUCCAAUGUUCCCCCGCGGAUCUUGCAGGCUGGGGCCAAUCCUGUCAUUGGACACAUGCAUCCAGAGAUAUUCGAGAUAAUGAAUGACAUCAAAAGUGGAAUCCAGUACAUGUUCCAGACUCAGAACAAGAUGACUUUUUCUGUGAGCGGCACUGGCCACACCGCGAUGGAGUGUGCCAUCUUCAACACAGUGGAGUCUGGGGAGAGUGUGCUGACCGCGGUCAACGGCAUAUGGGGAGAGAGAGCAGCAGAAAUGGCUGAGAGGAUUGGAGCCAGAGUAAAUACCAUCGUGGCGGCCCCUGGUGGUUUCUUCAUGAAUGAAGAAAUAGAGCAGGCCUUAUCAAAACACCGACCAGUGGUGUUCUUCCUCGCACAUGGAGAGUCUUCUACGGGAGUCCUGCAUCCUUUAAAUGGCAUCGGACAGCUGUGCCAUAAGUAUAACUGCUUGUUUCUCGUCGACUCCGUGGCGUCAGUUGGAGGGGCCCCUCUGUGCAUGGACCAGCUAGAGAUAGACAUCCUAUAUACAGGCUCCCAAAAGGUUUUGAAUGCCCCUCCGGGUACAGCACCCAUCUCCUUCAGUGAAAGAGCAUGCCAGAAAAUAUUCAACCGCAGGACAAAGCCUGUGUCGUUCUUCUUGGAUUUGAGUUGGCUUGCAAACUACUGGGGAUGUGAUGGCAAGCCGUCAAGACUAUAUCAUCACACAGGUCCAGUCACUGCUUUCUAUUCCCUGAGGGAGAGUCUGGCGGUCCUUGUUGAGGAGGGCCUGGAGAAUUCAUGGGAAAGACAUCAGAAAGCAGCAGAGUAUUUCCACAUUGGCCUAGAAAGCAUGGGACUCAAACUUUUUGUCAAAGAAAAAAAAGCAAGGCUCCCCACGGUUACCACUAUUGUUGCUCCUCAUGGAUAUGACUGGAAAGAGAUCACAACCUACAUCAUGAAAACACAUAAUUUAGAGAUUUCCGGAGGGCUUGGACCAUCAGUUGGCUUGGUGCUGCGUGUUGGACUGAUGGGAUGUAACAGCAGCAAGGCCAAUGUUGACAUGGUGCUGGCAGCACUGAAAGACGCUCUGAAACACUGCCACAAGAGCAAAGUGUAACAUGUUACGGUUGGAUGCUGUAAAGAUGA